CAUGGGUGAUUUGCUGCAGCGAGAACUACAACUCCCAGCAGGCCACGGAAGGGGAGGUCGAGUAGGAGGACAGCCGCGCCUAGCUUCCCGCGACUUCCUGGAGUCAGUCGGGCUCCCACCUUGAAAAGGAUGGAGGUGACUGGGAGCGCCGGGGCUCCGGAACCCAGCGAGAUCCGGAAUCUAAAACCGUGUCUGCUGCGCCGCAACCACAGCCGCGAACAGCACGGCGUGGCUGCCUCCUGCCUGGAGGAGCUGAGGAGCAAGGCUUGUGACAUUCUGGCCAUUGAUAAGUCCCUGACACCAGUCACCCUGGUCCUGGCAGAGGAUGGCACCAUAGUGGAUGAUGAUGAUUACUUCCUGUGUCUACCUUCUAAUACCAAGUUUGUGGCAUUGGCCAAUAAUGAGAAGUGGGCAUACAACAAUUCAGAUGGAGGUACAGCUUGGAUUUCCCAAGAGUCCUUUGAUGUAGAUGAAACAGACAGUGGGACAGGGUUGAAAUGGAAGAAUGUGGCCAGGCAGCUGAAAGAAGAUCUCUCCAGCAUCAUCCUCCUGUCAGAGGAGGACCUCCAAGUGCUCAUCGAUGUGCCAUGUUCAGACCUGGCUCGGGAACUACGCCAAAGUUGUGCCACCAUUCAGGGGCUCCAGAACACGCUCCAGCAGGUGCUUGACCAGAGAGAAGAAGCCCGUCAGUCCAAGCAGCUCCUGGAGCUUUAUCUCCAGGCUUUGGAAAAGGAGGGCAGCAUCUUCUCAAACCAGGAAGAGUCCGGAGCUGGCUUCAGUGAAGAGGGAGAUGCAGUUGACACGGGUAUCAGCGGAGAGAUCUCCUCUGAAAUUACACUGACAAGCCAGAUCCUUACAGCACUGAAGGAGAAGCCUGCUCCAGAGCUGAGUUUAUCUAGUCAGGAUUUGGAGUUGGUUACCAAAGAAGACCCCAAAGCACUGGCUGUUGCUUUGAACUGGGAUAUAAAGAAGACAGAAAACGUUCAACAGGCCUGUAACCAGGAGCUCGCCGUGCGCCUGCAGCAGAUGCAGAGCUUGCAUUCUCUCAGGAACAUUUCAGCAAGGAAGAAUUCACUACCUAGAGAACUGCAGAAUCCUAAACGAGCCAGACAAGAUCCCACGUAGUUACAGCUGGAAAUACGCCAAGGAGAACCCUGUGGCCUUGCUUUUUGUUAUCUGUAAAUACCUUCAGCCUGGUGAUUUUACUACCUACAUACUACUCUACCCCCUGCCUUAGAAUACGUUCUGGAUCAGGCUGGAAGAUUGGCUUUAUGCUCCCUCCAGAAAAGCUAUUCCAGGUCUCAGCAUGUCCUUCUACCAGUUUGGAAUGAUAUAGCUGCACCAACAGUAGCCCACCUCCUCUAAUUACGUAUUCUUACAUUCCUUGUUUAAAAGUAAUCGUCAAGGGCAAUGAAAUUGUCAUAUUUUUGGACUCGUUAUCCUUAUCCUAAAGACAGAACUGCAGAAUUUUAAACACAGAGGUAUAAAAAGUGACAUAAUAGAGUGUUGAUUAUGGCCACAAAGUUGUUUCUCAAGUUAAUGAAUUUUUUUGUUUGUUUAAAGGCACACAUUAAGUUUGCAGACCAUAGGGACAUACAGAGUUUACUUCAUCAUUUCUAAUAUCUAAUUCAGUAUUGUGAAAUUAUAUCUGUUACCACUGUGAAACUCUUUGGUUUUCUAAUAUGUUUUAUCAGCAAGGGGUAUGAAAGGUCAUUAAAGUGGUUUCCAUGCGAUAUGACUCCAAGCCUCUCUGGCUGCAAAGCAGAGCACUUCUGGUUUGUUGCCUCCUGUUUCUGUACA